AUGGCGGAUAACCACAAUUAUGCAUUCGUUGGCCUCGGAGCCAUGGGCUUCGGCAUGGCCAGCAACAUCCGCAAGAAGAUCCCGUCGUCAUCCAUCCUAUACAUCUACGACGUCUACCAGCCGACCUGUGACAAAUUCGUCGCCGAGUUCGGCCAGUACGGUCCCAUCGAGAUCACCCAGUCAGGGAAAGAGGUGGCGGCGAAUGCCCAGGUCCUCAUCUCCAGCCUGCCCAGCCUCGAGAGCGUGCGCACCGUCUACCUGGACGAGACCACGGGGGUGGUAGCGGCGCCCGCCAACCCCGAUCGCUUGCUCCUGGAGUGCAGCACUAUCGAGUCGUCGGUAGCCCGCGAGUUGGGCGAGAAGCUGGCGGCCGCGAAGGCCGGGGUCUACGUCGACACUCCGGUGUCAGGAGGCGCUCCGGCGGCGACGGCGGGCAAACUGUCGUUUAUGAUCGGACAUGCCAACCCUAACCCUAACCCUGACUCUAAGCCUGCCGAGGGAUCGGGAUCAGGGUCAGACCCCAUCGGUCAACGCAUCCAAGACGUCCUCUCUUUCCUGGGCGAGCCACAAAAGUUCUUCUGGUGUGGCCCGCUGGGGGCCGGGCUAGCGGCCAAAAUCAGCAACAACUACAUUUCCUGCACCGUCUUCCUGGUGGUGGCCGAGGCCAUGGCCAUUGGCGCCCGGUCGGGCAUCGACCCGGCCCUGCUCAGCAACGUCAUCCGCAACUCGUCCGGCCAGACCUUCAUGGGCGACAUCGUCACCAGCGUGCCCAAGGAGCUGCUAGAGAGUAAGAAUGGCUUUCCCGCCCAUCUGAUGAUCAAGGAUCUGGGUCUGGGCGUCGAUGUCGGCAAGGCCACCGGCGUCACUCCGCACAUGGCCCUGGCGGCUCUGGAUAUCUGGAAGCAGGCGGCGGAGGAUCCGGCCGUCGUGGUCAAGGAUGGGUUUCCGCAGUUUAAGAAGAACUAG